AUGAGAAACCUUGUUACUCUUAACAGAGGGAAGAUAGCUCCAGAGUCAAGGACGUAUCCAGACCUAUUGGUCGUGGAUGCUGUUUUUGAUUCGGUUACCGAUAGUAUCACUUACAUUCUAUCGUCUUUGGAAUCUGGGAUGAUCGAGGUGCAACAAUUCAUGAAGACAGGAGAGGUCAAUGUACUUGCUUCUUUCCCAGCUCCAGUACAGCAGGCCAAACAGGAAAAUGAACAGGAAAUUGAUAUUUUGUCAUUCAACCACUUCGUUGAUACUUGCCAGUUGAUUUUCGUGUUUAAAGGUGGUGAUAUCAUUACAGCUACUUACGACCCUGCCCAACCAGAUCCAGAAACCACCAUUGUAGAGAUUGUUGGAUCCAUUGAUGUAGGCCUUUUAGCAUCCACCUGGUCGCCAGACGAAGAAACCUUAUCUAUAGUCACAGGAGAAUUAAACGUCAUUUUAUUGCUGCGUCAAUUUGAACCAAUCCAUGAGAGAAAGCUAAACCCUAAGGACGUCUACAUAAGUGAAGAAAAGCAUGUUUCAGUUGGUUGGGGUAAGAAAGAAACUCAAUUCACUGGUAAGGGUAUGAGGGAGAAGGAAAGAGAAAGAGACCUUCUUCGUGAUCCAACAGUUUCCGUAGUAGAGAAGGGUGUACUCUCUGAUUUCGAUUCACAAGCUGUUUCAAUCUCUUGGAGAGGAGACUGCGAGUAUUUUGCAAUUUCUACUAUAGAACCUGUUUUAGUGGACGAAACUCAAGAGAAAUUGCAUGAUCGUAGAGUAAUUAGAGUGUUUACCAGAGAUGGGGAAUUAGAUAGUGUUUCUGAGGCUGUUGAUGGGUUGGAGCAUAAUGUCUCAUGGAAGCCUCAAGGCUCACUUAUUGCUUCCACCCAGAGACAUAUGAAAGAAGAUGAAGACACCGGAGAAAGCUAUCCUUGUUUGGAUCUUGUUUUUUACGAAAGAAACGGAUUAAGACAUGGUGAAUUUGACACUAGAUUGGACCCAGUCACGGGAGAGGUUUCAAAUUUACAUUGGUCUUGCGAUCUGGAGGUACUUGCAUUUCAACUUGAUGAUAAGGUACAAUUGUGGACCACCAAGAACUACCAUUGGUAUCUUAAGCAAGAGAUCACUGUCCCAGAAGGAAUAUUGUUCUUGAAAUUUCACAGUGAGAAGCCAUUGCAUUUAAUGAUAGGAAGUAAGAAAGGUAGAAUUGAGGUUAUUGAUUUAACCACGAAAAUUACCACGGGACCAACUACAUUAGGUAAGGACGAGGGUAUGGUGAUGGUUGUCGAUGGAAGUACUAUGAAAUUGACCCCGUUGGCAAUUGCCAAUGUGCCACCUCCAAUAAGUUUCAGAGAAAUUGAUAUACCUUCGAAUAAUAACAUCACUGAUAUUGCUUCAGGGGAGACAAAUCAGAUAUUUGCUGCACUCUCUAGUAAUAAUGAAAUACAUUUAGUCUCAAUGGAUCUCAAAAGCAAAACCAAACAACCCAAAAUUAUAGGUCACAUUGAAAGCUACAACUUAAUCGAAACCGAAGAUGAAUUUGCAAAACAAAUUGCCUUCGCCCAUGAUAAUUUAUUAGCUGUAGUCGUUGACAAUACAUUUGGCUCCAGAGUUGUCUUAUUUGACGUAACCGACCCAGCUGAACCCAUGAUUGUUGAUAACCAUGAUAUUAACAGUAAAGUUGUUUUAAUUAAGUCACAGUCAGAUUUCGAAGCUAUUGCAUUUGAGACUAUAGAUGGAAGAGUGUUCCAAAUCGGUGGAAUUGAGGAGAGUACACCAAAGGAAGUUACAAGAUUCCCUCAACUCUGCCGUGACUUUGAAUUAGCCUACGUCGAGAAUAAUGAUGAGAGUAAUUUUGUUGCUUUCGGUAUUUCUGUGAACGGAAAGCUUUUUGCAAAUGAUAAACAAGUCGCAAGUGCUGUAACUUCACUUAAAAUUACCGAGUCUCAUAUAUUAUUCACCACCGCCCAAUCUCAACUUUGUUUUAUUCAUUUGAAAUCAGCCGAUGGUAACUUUGAAUACGACAUUUUCCAGCAGGCACAGCAAGCACAACUUCAACAACAACAACAGCAACAAUUGAUGGAUCCUAAGAAUCAUACUAAUAUUGCCAUAGAUGAAAGAAUGAGAAUGAUUGAGAGAGGAUCUAUACUCAUCUCAGCAAUGCCUUCUAAAUAUUCAGUCGUGCUAGAAGCUCCAAGAGGAAAUUUAGAAACUAUUUGCCCAAGAAUCAUGGUCCUUUCAGGAGUCAGAAAGUUCAUCAAAGCUUUGAAAUAUAAGGAAGCAUUCUUAGCAUGUAGGACACAUAGAAUUGACUUGGAUAUUUUGCAUGACUAUGAUCCAGAGCUAUUUUUCAAUAAUUUGGAGAAUUUUGUCAAUCAAAUAAAGAAAGUGGAACAUUUGGAUUUAUUCGUUAGUUGUCUACACGAGGAAGAUGUAGCUAAAACUAAAUAUAGAGACACAGUGGAUGAGGCUAAUGAUGAUCAAGCACUCUUAGAGAGCAAAGUGGAGCAAUUAAUGAUUUCUCAGAAGCUGCAGUCACCAUCGCCUGCCCCAGCACCACCUACUCAAAAUACUCUCAAAAAGAUGAUUAUUAAUCUGAGAGAUGAGUCAAAGGAUCCUUCUUCCAAGAUCAACAGAAUCUGUGAGGGAAUUCUCUCAGUUCUUGUAAAACCUGAGUAUUUUUCAACAUAUCUUCAAACAAUUAUUACAGCAUAUGCAUGUGAGAAGCCAGCAAAUUUAGAAGGUGCAUUGGAAUUGAUUAGUAACAUAAAGGAUAAUGAAGAUCAAGUCGAUCAGACUGUAACUCAUCUUUGCUUCUUACAAGAUAUCAAUAAAAUCUAUAAUACUGCAUUGGGAAUUUAUAAUGUCAAGCUUGCACUUGUGAUUGCACAAAAAUCGCAAAAGGAUCCAAAAGAGUAUCUACCAUUCUUACAAAACUUGCAUGUACAAGACGAGUUGAGAAGAAAGUUUCUCAUUGACGAUUUCCUCAAAAAGUAUGAAAAGGCAUUAUCAUGGUUAUUUGAAAUGGGAGAAUCUGCCUAUGACGAAUUUGAUGAUUUUGUUUGCCAACAUGAUUUGUAUAAGAAUGCACUUUCCAUUUAUAGAUAUGAUAACGAGAGAUCGAAUGUCAUAUUACAACUUUAUGCCGAAGAUUUAAACGCAAAGCAACAAUUUGCUGAGGCUGGUUUGACAUUUGAAUACUUGGGUAAAUGGGAUGAUGCUUUGGAAAAUUACAUUUUGGCUAAGAAGUGGAGAGAAGCAUUAAAUAUUGUUCAAUCAGAUAGCCACAAGGAAAAGCUUCAAAGUACUUGUGACAACCUUAUUUCUUCUUUAACAGAAGAACAUAAAUAUAAAGAUGCAGCUGAAAUUGAAUUUUAUUUCUUAGGUCAUAUCGAGGAAGCAGUUAAAUUAUACUGUAAGAAUUACUGUUAUGAAGAGGCAAUUUUACUAAGCAAUAAGGAGGGUAGAUCAGAACUUAUUACUGAGAUAGUUGAUGUUCAAUUAGGUGAAGGAUUUGGAGUAAUUGCAGAACUAUUGGCCGAUUGUAAGAGUCAAAUGAAUUCUCAAUUAAGAAGACUUAGGGAGCUUAGGCAAAAGAAGCAAGAAGACCCAUAUUCAUUUUAUGGAAUUCCAAACGACGAUUUGGAUACUCCAGAUAAUGUAUCUAUUGCUGCUUCAGAGACUUCGACAACACCUUCAUUCUUCACUCGUUAUACUGGUAAGACUUCUGGAACUGCCAAAACAGGAGUCUCCAGAAAAUCUUCAAAGAAUCGUAAGCGUGAAGAAAGAAAGAGAGCAAAGGGUAGAAAGGGAACGAUUUAUGAAGAAGAAUAUCUUAUUAAAUCGGUUGGUCGUCUUCUUGAAAGAUUAGAUCAAACAGAAACCGAUGCUGUAAGAUUAAUUGAAGGAUUGAUUCGUAGGCACUCAAAGGAACAAGCUUAUCAGAUUCAAAAGAAUUGGAUAGAAUUAACUGAUUUCUUGAAGGAGAAUAUUGUUGAAAUUCACAACAUGAGCGAAAGAGACAGAGAAAGAAUAGAUGAUAAUGGUGAAGUCUAUCUUAUGGACGAAAUCCCAGUGCCUAAGAUUCGGGAAUUCCCCAAGAAGGCUACCUUGGAUUACUAG